AUGGAGAAAUCUGAGAGUUUCAAUGGAUUAUACUAUCAUGCAGUUGCUGAGAAACUCGCACAGAAUUUCUCAAACAAUAAGAAAUUUAGAAAGCCGAUGGAUGCUGAAGCGUACAGAAUUGCAAAUGAAUACGCGAUCGAGUACUUAGGAAACCAUAGUAUGAGCCUUACAGAAGAAAUUGCAGUAUCAGAAUCAAAUCAAUACAUAUUAGAACGUCACAAUCCAAAUUGGGUUGCAAGGAAAUUAAAAUUAAAUCCGACUGAACCACUUUUCCCACAAUUAGUGAAAGUUCUUGGUGCUGAUCAGCCAGCUACAGUGUCUGAUACAUUUUCUGAUUCAGAAGAACCCCAACCACUCAGGAACUCGAUUAAUGUAAGCGAGAGAGGACUUCCUAAAGUUCCAGAAGAGGUUAAGGGUAAAAAUAAUGGCAGGAGAAACCUUAUGUCUGAUGAUGAAGAUGUUUUUACAGCUGUCAUGAAUACUACUUACGCAGAAGAAAAUUUAGGCGAACCAAAGGAGAAAAAGCAUCAUCACCAACCAGAGUUUACAGCUCUGGCUGAUGAAGAAGCAAAAGAAAACAAACCAUCGAGAUUAUACAACAAGAAGGAGAAACGUGGCAAGAAAGAGAAGCUUGCCCCUCCUCCAAAGGACUAUAGAGCUCAUGAUAUGACUGAUACUAUCAUUGAUACACAGUAA